CAUAGCAAGAAGGACGAAGAACUCUUCGUGUUUGGUUAUGCUAGCAAGUUGUUUCGUGAUGACAAAGCAGCAGACUUCCACGAUAAAGGAAGACACCUUAUAUCUUGGCAAGGCGAUAGCAGUCUUCAGAUCGACAGGUCUGUUGUGUAAACAUUUAACUGCUUUUCAAUAAAAAUUUUGAAGAAAGUGUAGUUUUUUGUGUAACAAUCUCUGUGUAGGAACAAACUGGCUGUCGAACGUCCUCACGGUUUUAAACCAGUUUACAGCGAUUCCGAGUUUAUAAUGUGCUUUUACGAAAAAAUGCCACGAGAGACAUGCUUUUGGGAGCCAAGUGGCAAUCUUGCCAAACAAUAUGUUAUAUUUCAGCGAGAUUUUUGGCCAUUUCAAUGUAAGAUGGCCGGUUCUUUGUAAGUAUUAUUCAAUUAUUAAAGGAUGAUCAAGAUGAAGGAUUUGGAAAUCAUCACUUUUGUAACUCGUAUGAUUGUCGCCUGCUCUUCACAGAAAGGUUCCAAUUUGAAACAAACCCAGAUGAAAUUUCUCAUGUCCUGUCUCCAAAGGAGGAAGAAAUGGAACAGUUGUGUGAUGAGGAAAGAUACCUUGAACURUCAACCAAUUUGGAAGAGCAUGAUAUAGAACAAGAGGAAGAAAUGAAAAGAUUCAAAGAGGCCAUUUCACAAGAUGGUUAUUCUGCAGUUGGKUUCAGUUAUGAUAAUAAUGGUGAUCAUGAAAAUUCUUCGAUUCAAAUUCAAGGACCAGAACCCCAACCAAUUGAAAAAUUUGUUGCACCAGAAGAGUUAGAAGUACCUGAAGGCAUGGAAAUACCUGAUACAGACAAGAUGAAUGCCAUCAUAGAGAAGACAGCAAUGUUUGUUAGUGAGCAGGGUACUCAAAUGGAAAUCCUAGUUAAAGCAAAGCAAGCUGGAAAUCCACAGUUUGAUUUUUUGAAUUUUGACAAUUGGUUAAAUCCUUACUACAAACAUGUGUUAAAGCGCAUUUCACAAAAGAUAUACACCCCUCAGCUGCAGGCAGUGCCUUCACCAAAACAAGAGGACGUUAAGGAGCCUGAACCAGAAAGUGAUGAAGAUGAUUCUGAUGGUGAAUUUGAACUUCAUCCACUCCUCACAGCAUCUCAUCGUAGUGCAUCAAAUACACCCAACUCUUCAGCACCCUCUUCACCAAUAMCACAGUCUACAGGCAAACAGCCAGGACAUCAAUACAAUAUGCAGUAUUAUGAUGGCUCUAACUAUGAUGGUUAUCAAUGGACUGAACAUGAUCAAGCUAGUUAUUAUGAUGGUGAAUAUUCUGGCUCUCCAGUKUCCAAUCAAUACGUACCAUCAUCAUCUAAUUCUACAYUGUCAGCUAUGAAUCUUUUACCACCCCCACCCCCACCACCAGGGGAGGGACCUUUGGAAGAGGAAUGGCCAGGAAGUGAAGCUUCACAUCAACCACACCCACAACCAAUAUACACCCAUCCAGGUACUACCAGUAUACCAACCACACCCAUCACCCCAGGAUACCCUGCUAUGAUGCCAAUUGUACCUCCACCACCAGACAUUCAACCAAUCAUAGAUAAGCUUGCUAAUUAUGUGGCUAAGAAUGGACCUGACUUUGAAAAUAUCAUCAAAGCAAAGAAUGAUCCAAGGUUUACAUUUGUACAUCCCUGGAAUGAACAUCACAAGUAUUACCAAUAUAAGAAACAGCUAUGUAUUGAUGACAUUGAAAAACAAACAAGAGCAGCUGCGGCUAAAGGACCAAUCAGCUUCUCAAUCAAGCCAAAAGAGAUCCAAAAACCAAAGAUAGAAUACAGGACUAAUGUGAUUUACAAACAAAGUAUGGAGCCUGGGGAGAGUGAAGAUGAGGAAUUUGGAGAGCAGGGAACAGAAGAAGAUUCUGAUGGUAAUGAAACAGAAAGCAAGGGAGAGGACAGGAAAGAGGAGACCGAAUCACCAAAGGAAGAAAGAUCAGAGGUUGAUAUUGAAGAACAGUUGAAGUCUAUUAAAGAAGCUGAGAAAGAAGCACAAAGGUUGGAGACAGAGUCACAGUACCAGAGAGAAAAGCAACUUCAAGAAGAAAGAAGGCGUAAAGCUUCAUUAUUCAUUAGCAUGUUAAAGAAGACUAAAGUAUCAGAAGGGACUAGUCAAGAUAUAGAACAAGAUAUUAACAGUGAGGCAAGAAGAAGGUUUACAGAACGAAAGAGGUCUAGUGACACCAAGUUGGAUAUGUUUGAAGACAAAAGGUCACGUGAUGACAAUGAUGAAAUGAUAGCUGGUGGUGUUGGUGCCCCUUCUGCAGAUAUCAUCAGAGUUACUCAAGACUUAAUGGCCAAAGUACGAGCUGCUUCUCGAACAAACAGAUGAGAUAUGUGUGACGCACAAUGACUCUGUGCUGUGUUCAACCAUUCCUGAUGUGAGGACAGUGCUUGUCGAAACAAUGAAUAGUCCUCCUCGAUGCCAAAACCUUGUGCUGUUUUGUGUACAUACCGGCCGUGUAAUGCAUUUACAUGGUUUGAAAUGGCUGGUUUCAAAUAGAUUUGGAAGUGGAUUUGAGCAUGUAACCGUGGAAGUGAAGGACGUAUUGUUAUAUAAUACAUGAUGUAAUGCAUUGUAAUUUAGGACAGCGCAUUGUUUGUUGGAAUGUGCUGUAAUGUCAUGUGAUAAUGGAGGGAAGCUACGUUUGGAAUGACAAGAAAAUAAAUCUUUCGCAAAAGAAGGAACAGUGAAUCUAGGAAUUUUGUAGGAGACAUUGCUUGUGAUAUUAUCUUAGGAAUAAAAAAUAUGAAAUCACA